AUGGCGGGGCCCCGGGCCGCUCCGCUGCCCCUCGUCCUGCAGCUCAUCAGCCUGGCCCUGGUCUCGGCGACCGGCGGAGGUGGGGUCAUCCUCAGGGAGCCCCCUGAGCUUGCUGACAUCCACGACAACGGGCCGCAGGGGCCUGCCCUCGCCUCGGCCCCUGCUGGGGCCCCCCAGGAGCAGGCGCGCCCCCUGGAGGAACGGCUGGGAAGGCUGGAGGCCCAGAUGACGGCGCUCAGAGAGCAGAACAAGGAGCUGCAGGCGAGGGUGAGGCGGCUGGAGUCCUGUGAAUGCCGCCCCGCUUCUGCCCAGUGCUGGGGACUGGGGCGGGCCUGGCCCGAGGGUGCUCGCUGGGAGCCCGACACCUGCACAGCCUGUGUCUGCCGGGACGGGGCUGUGCGCUGUGAGCCCAAGCCUGGCCUGCCCCAUUGCCAUGGCUGCAGCCACAACGGUCAGGCCUAUGGCCACGGGGAGACCUUCUCCCCAGACGCCUGCACCACCUGCCACUGCUUGGGAGGGGCCAUAACCUGUACCGAGAAGCUGUGCCCAAGGGGACCCUGCCCGGAGCCGGGAGCAUGCUGUCCUCACUGUGAGCCAGGCUGCCCCGGAGGCCACAGGGCCGGGGAAACGUGGCAUCCAGAGCCCUGUGUCAUCUGCACCUGCCAGGCAGGGACCGUGCGGUGCCAGGGGCCCUCAUGCCCAGAGCUCAACUGCCUGGAGAGCUAUACCCCGCCUGGGGAGUGCUGCCCCGUCUGCCGGCCAGGCUGUGAAUAUGAGGGGCAGUCCUAUGAAGAGGGGGCCAACUUCCUGUCCAGCUCCAACCCUUGUCUCCAAUGCUCCUGCCUGAGCGGCCUGGUUCGCUGUGUGCCCAUGAAGUGUCCACCCAGCCCCUGCCCUGAGCCGGUCCCAAGGCCUGGGCGCUGCUGCCCGACCUGCCAAGGCUGCACGGAAGGUGGCUCUUACCGGGAGCAUGGCCAAGAGUGGACGGCUCCUGGGGACCCAUGCCGGAUCUGCCAGUGCCUGGAGGGCCACGUUCAGUGCCGCCAGCAAGAGUGCACCGGCCUGUGUCCGUACCCUGCGCGGCCCCUGCCAGGCACCUGCUGCCCGCUGUGUGAUGGCUGUUUCCUAAAUGGGCGGGAGUACCGCAGCGGAGAGCCGGUGGGCUCUGGGGACCCCUGCUCGCACUGUCGCUGCGCUAACGGGAGCGUCCAGUGUGAGCCUCUGCCCUGCCCACCUGUGCCCUGCAGACACCCAGGCAGGAUCCCUGGGCAGUGCUGCCCAGUGUGUGACGGCUGUGAGUACCAGGGACACCAGUAUCAGAGUGGGGAGACCUUUAGACUCCAAGAGAGUGGGCGCUGCAUCCGCUGCUCCUGCCAGGCCGGCGAGGUCUCCUGUGAGGAGCAGGAGUGCCCGGUUGCCCCCUGCACGCUGCCUGCCUCUGGCCCCCAGCUCUGCCCAGCCUGUGUGCUCGAUGGAGAGGAGUUUGCCGAGGGGGUCCAGUGGGAGCCUGAUGGUCAGCCCUGCACGGCCUGCGCCUGUCACGAUGGCGUGCCCAUGUGUGGGGCGGUGCUCUGCUCCCCAGCCCCCUGCCAGCACCCUACCCAGCCCCCCGGCGCCUGCUGCCCCAGCUGUGAGAGCUGCACCUACCAGGGCCAAGUGUACGCCAACGGGCAGAACUUCACAGACGCAGACAGCCCUUGCCACGCCUGCCGCUGCGAGGAGGGGACUGUGAGGUGCUCCUUGGUUGACUGCCCUCCCACAACUUGUGCCAGGCCCCAGAGUGGACCCGGCCAGUGCUGUCCCAGGUGCCCAGACUGCAUCCUGGAGGAACGAGUGUUCGUGGAUGGCGAGAGCUUCUCGCACCCCCGAGACCCCUGCCAGGAGUGCCAGUGUCGGGAAGGCCAUGCCCAUUGCCAGCCUCGGGCCUGCCCCAGGGCCCCCUGUGCCCACCCGCUGCCUGGUCCCUGCUGCCAGAACGACUGCAAUGGCUGUGCCUUUGGCGGGAAAGAGUACCCCAGCGGAGCGGACUUCCCUCACCCCUCCGACCCCUGCCGGCAGUGUCGCUGUCUGAGCGGCAGCGUGCAGUGCCUCGCCCGCCGCUGCCCGCCGCUGCCCUGUCCCGAGCCGCUCCUGCUGCCCGAAGACUGCUGCCCGCGCCGCCUCCUCGGGCUGCCCGCGGCCGGGCGGCGGGGUCCCGGCCCGCCACCUGGAGCAUUUCUCCCUGCCCGACGACCCCUGCCGCCGCUGCCUCUGCCUCCACGGCUCCGCGUCCUGCCAGCGGCUGCCCUGCCCGCCUGCGCCCUGCGCCCACCCGCGCCGGGGGCCGUGCUGCCCCUCCUGCGCGGGUAA